AUGCUUUUGGGAUUGGUGUUGCUGACGCUGUCUGGGGUCAUUGCACCGUGGACCGGAAGAUUCUAUUCUUUAUGGGAUACAGGCUAUGCAAAAAAAUACAUUCCCAUCAUCGCUUCAGUAUCGGAACAUCAACCAACAGCCUGGCCAUCAUUUUUCUUUGAUCUUCAACUUUUGGUCUUUUUAUUUCCGGCUGGAAUCUAUUUUUGUUUCAGGGAGUUGAAGGAUGAACAUGUUUUUGUGAUAUUGUACGGCAUCACAUCCUCGUAUUUUGCAGGCGUUAUGGUUCGGUUAAUGUUAACAUUGGCACCUAUUGUUUGUGUCACGUCGGCUAUAACCAUAUCGAAAUUGUUGGAUUUGUAUUUGGAUGUGGGAACGUUGGAUGAUGAAGAUGAUGCUGACAGCAAUGACAAAAAGGCCACGAAUUCGAAAUCAGCAACAGAUGAUAAAGGAAAAUCUUUUGAUAAAUCUGGCAGUGGUGGUGGUGGCUCACGAAAUAAACCACAGGAAAAAAAGAAAUCUACUGGUGGUGGUUUGAAAGGAAUCGGUGAUCAAUUUUUUGGAGUUCUAGGGUUGGAUACUCGUAUAAUAGUGUUGAGCAAUGUCUUUUUCUUUUUGGUGUUAUUUACAUGGCAUUGUACAUGGGUAACAUCAAACGCAUACUCGUCUCCAUCGAUCGUGCUUGCGUCCAGACAAGCAGACGGAUCGCAAGUUAUAAUUGAUGAUUUUCGAGAAGCGUAUUAUUGGCUAAGAAAAAACACAGACUAUUCUUCAAAGGUGAUGUCAUGGUGGGAUUAUGGAUAUCAGAUAGCCGGGAUGGCUGAUAGGACAGUGUUGGUUGACAAUAACACAUGGAAUAAUACGCAUAUUGCCACAGUUGGUAAAGCGAUGUCGUCGAAUGAGGAAGUGGCGUACGAGAUAAUGAGAAGACAUGAUGUCGAUUACGUGUUGGUGAUAUUUGGUGGGUUGUUGGGAUACUCGGGCGAUGACAUUAACAAGUUUUUGUGGAUGAUACGUAUUGCCGAGGGAGUUUAUCCAAAGGAUGUGAAGGAAAGUCUUUUUUUCAAUUCGAGAGGAGAGUAUCGAGUGGAUGAUGAGGCCACACCGACAAUGAGGAAUAGCAUAAUGUACAAAAUGAGCUAUCAUAAUUACAAUGAAUUAUUUGGAGGACAAGGUGGUCAUGACAGAGUCAGGAAUUCAAGAUUGCCAAGCGGUAAGAUUGUUUUGAAUACUUUAGAGGAGGCAUACACCACAGAGAAUUGGAUAGUCAGAAUAUACAAGGUUAAGGAUUUGGAUAUUAUAGGACGUAGUUUGGAGGAUGCAACGAACUUUGAAAUGGGAAAAAAAAAAAGAAGACGUUUAUUAAUGCAUAAUUUUUAUAUUUAA